AUGGCUUCUGUAAACGCCAUGAACUGUAUUCGAAUGUCCAUUCCACAGAAAUGGAGGAAAAUAUUGUUAGGAGUAGGCAGGAUCAGUAGAAGAUCAACGUCUGCCAUCCAGGUGAGGCCAGUUCAUGAUAUAGCAGCUUCUGAAGCACCACUGAAGGGAAUUAGAGUGCUUGAUUUAUCCAGAAUUCUGGCAGGCCCAUAUUGUACAAUGAUUCUUGGAGACAUGGGGGCAGAGGUCAUCAAAGUGGAGAAACCUGGCACUGGUGAUGAUACUAGAACCUGGGGUCCACCAUUUAUGGGAUCAGAAAGUUGCUACUACUUGUGUGUGAAUCGCAACAAGAAGAGUAUUACAGUUGAUAUGAAGAAGCCAGAAGGAGUUCAACUGAUCAAAAAGUUAGCUGCUGUCAGUGAUGUGUUAGUAGAAAAUUAUAUCCCAGGAGCUUUGUCAAAAAUGGGUCUCGGCUACCCAGAAAUGCAUGCAGAGUUUCCUCACCUCAUCUACUGCUCUAUCACAGGGUAUGGUCAGACUGGCAAGUAUGCCACCCGGGCUGGCUAUGACGUGAUUGUGUCAGGAAUUGGUGGCCUUAUGUAUAUCACUGGACCAGCUGAUGGAGAACCCUGCAAGGUUGGUGUGGCCAUAACAGACCUUUCAACUGGACUGUAUGCUGUAGGUUCCAUUCUGGCAUCAGUUUUGUCCAGGCAAAAAACUGGCAGAGGACAACACAUAGACUGUAAUCUUUUGUCAACAAAUGUGGCUUCACUAGUUAAUGUUGCUUCAAAUUAUCUGAAUGCUGGUCAGGAAGGGAAAAGGUAUGGAACAGCUCACCCAAGCAUUGUACCUUAUCAGGCUUUUGAAGCUUCAGAUGGUUAUUUUGUAGUUGGUGCUGGAAAUGACCCACAGUUUAAAGUUAUGACAAAGCUAAUAGGACACCCAGAGCUUGCAACGAAUGAGCUUUACCUUACUAAUAAAACAAGAGUUAAGAACAGAGUUCAGCUGCUGGGCUUGCUGAAAGAUGUGUUUAAGGAGAAAUCUGUAUCACACUGGCUUGAUGUGUUUGAAGACUCUGGCAUUCCAUAUGGGCCCAUAAACAAUACGGGACAGGUGUUUUCUGAUCCACAGGUUCAGCAUAAUGGUAUGAUUCAGGAGAUGCUUCACCCAUCGAUAGGCAAAAUCCGUGUUGCAGGACCAGCUGUGCGUUUCAGUGAAACAAAAACAGUGGACCCUACUCCACCACCCCUUCUUGGCCAGCACACAGAUGAGGUUUUGGAAGGAUUGCUUGGCUAUUCGAAUGAGGCUUUGUCUACUCUUAGAAAUCAGAAAGUGAUAGACUAG